GUCUUCCUUUCCUUUCCGAGCUGAAGCAGAGCAGCCGCCAUGAGCAUGCUCAGACUGCAGAAGAGGCUCGCCUCGAGCGUGCUGCGCUGUGGCAAGAAGAAGGUAUGGCUGGAUCCCAACGAGACCAAUGAGAUUGCCAAUGCCAACUCACGUCAGCAGAUCCGGAAGCUGGUUAAGGAUGGUCUGAUCAUUCGUAAGCCGGUGACUGUGCAUUCUCGUGCCCGCUGCCGCAAGAACACCCUUGCACGCAGAAAGGGAAGACAUAUGGGCGUUGGUAAGAGGAAGGGUACUGCCAAUGCCCGUAUGCCAGAGAAACUUUCCUGGAUGAGGAGGAUGAGAAUUCUGCGCCGUCUUCUCCGUCGUUAUCGCGAAUCCAAAAAGAUUGAUAGGCACAUGUACCACAGCCUGUACUUGAAGGUGAAGGGUAAUGUGUUUAAGAACAAACGUAUCCUUAUGGAGCACAUCCACAAGCUGAAGGCAGACAAAGCACGCAAGAAGCUCCUGGCUGACCAGGCUGAGGCUCGCAGAUCCAAGACCAAGGAAGCAAGGAAACGCCGGGAAGAGAGACUUCAGGCCAAGAAAGAGGAGAUUAUCAAGACUCUUUCAAAGGAAGAGGAGUCCAGCAAAAAAUAAUCCACCUGGCUGUGUGUAUAUAUACAGUGCUAUCUUGUGCAAACUCAAUAAAAUGUGCUCAACUCA